CCGUUGAGUCCCAGGCUCCCGGAGACCUGCCUCGAAUUUCUCCUGCGCCGUUCGGUGCGUGUCGUUGACCUGGCAGGUUUGCGACCCCCUGAAGACUUGAGCUCCUAACGUUUUGUUUGCCGCCGACCUCCAGCGUCCUGCUGCCGACGUAGCGGAUAAUCACAGGCGUCUCUCCGGUUGAGGGUUACGGAGCUUGUGGUGUUUUGACCCUUCGGCAUAAGUGUGAUCGCUGAUUGCAUUCUGAGUAGUAGCCUUGAAAGACCCUCUUGAAGGCUCGCGGUGGGGACGCUGCCAAAUGCAGUGCAGAGACGGUCGAGGAAUCGCCGCGGCGUCUCUAGGAGGUCGGCCGUGGUGUCUCCACUGGCAGUUGAAGACGUGGAGGCCGAGCCCGGCCAACCCUGCCCUCUCUGACUCCGGAGCCAGAGAUGACGACCUAGACUGUCUAGAGCAGGUUGCGGUGGGAGUACAUCCUGGAACGAUUUCGGUGUUUCCCGUAGUCUAGAACGUGUGCACCGGUUGUGAAGGACAGACUGUUCCUCAUGAAGUCUGGGAGGGAGUAGAGUUUUCCUGAGAAAACACACAGAGAAACAAGUUGUUGAGGAAUAGGAGAGCAUCCUAGGUUAAGACAGUGGGUUGAAUACAUGUGUCUCAUUUUACUUCCUCCUGAAAUGUCACUCAAAUUGCAGGAAAUGGAUUUUUAAAAGACAUAAGCCCACAAGGAUGGAGGGAGUGGGAAAGGAAACAAUAGCGAUAAAAUAUUAGGUUCUAGAAAGCAAAUGUCUUAGCAAGCCGCAGUGCAAUUCUAAACCAGCAGCAGGGCGAACUGUGGAAUAAUUCUCUAUAAACCACAGACCCUUCAAAAUGCAUAGAAACUGGCAGCACUGGACACCUUGGGCACUGGCGAUGAAGGUAAUGGUGCUGGGGACGUGGAGGGCUUAAAUAAAGAUGACUUAGGGGAAGUCUGUUUGAGAAGCAGAUGUCCAGCUCUCCUUCCCCGUUGCACACUGUGGGGUGACUGCCUUUCUCCUGUUAGAAGACUGAGGCUAUUCUCUUGAGAAGAUAAAACAGGAUCUUUGAACCAGGGCACCCCAGGCACAGUUAAUUAUGGGGCAGUGUUUAUGAAAACAGGGACACUGAAGGCUGAAGUCCUUCAUCCUCCAUCUCCCACUCGAAUCCCAGAACUUUUACAGCCAGACUAAUAAGAGAAUUCAGGCUCAAGCAAGAGAAUUCUUCUACACACACGUUCACAUAUAUGGAAAGAUACACAGGAGAUGUCCUUUGCUUCUCAGAUGUAAUGCACUCUAAGUUUGUUAUUCAACAGUGAAAAUGAGUCAUACAGAGGUUAAAUUAAAAAUACCUUUUGGAAAUAAAUUACUAGAUGCUGUUUGUUUGGUACCUAACAAGAACUUAACAUAUGGAAUAAUUCUUACACAUGGAGCGUCAGGAGAUAUGAAUCUUCCUCAUUUGAUGUCACUGGCAUCCCAUCUUGCAUCUCAUGGUUUUUUUUGCCUGAGAUUUACCUGUAAAGGCCUUAAUAUUGUACAUAGAAUUAAGGCAUAUAAAUCAGUUUUGAAUUACCUGAGGACCUCAGGAGAAUACAGACUUGCAGGUGUUUUCCUUGGAGGUCGUUCAAUGGGCUCACGAGCAGCUGCUUCUGUAAUGUGUCAUAUUGAGCCAGAUGAUGCUGACGAUUUUGUUCGAGGUCUCAUUUGUAUUUCUUAUCCCCUGCACCAUCCAAAGCAGCAGCAUAAACUUAGAGAUGAAGAUCUCUUUCGUAUAAAAGAACCUGUACUGUUUGUGUCAGGCUCAGCGGAUGAAAUGUGUGAAAAGAACUUGUUGGAAAAAGUGGCACAGAAAAUGCAAGCUCCUAAUAAAAUCCACUGGAUUGAGAAGGCAAAUCAUUCCAUGGCAGUGAAAGGACGGUCAACAAAUGAUGUUUUCAAAGAAAUAAAUACACAGAUUUUGUUUUGGAUUCAGGAAAUCACUGAAAUGGACAAGAAAUAACUGUCUUUAGUUAAAAGCCAUGUUAUUUUGAAUACAAAUACAGUUAAUUUGACAAGGAAUAGCAUACCUCUCAGCAUUAUGAGAUAUAUUUCAGACUAAUGUUCUUAUUGUUCAGCCAUUUUUAAAACACGUUUUAAUUGUGAAGUUAAUGUCUUUUACAAAGUGUCUUUUGAAAGCACUGUUAUAGUUGUAUAAAGAUGAUGUACAAAUA